GAACAAAUUGACAUCAUGGUGAACAACAAAAAAUUGGACUGGGAAAGGAAGAUGCGGGCUUUAGAGACUCGAUUAGAUCUUCGGGAUCAAGAAUUGGCAAAUGCACAAACUUGUUUGGAUCAGAAAGGUCAAGAGGUGGGGUUACUUCGCCAGAAAUUGGACAGUCUGGAAAAAUGUAACUUAGCAAUGACUCAGAAUUAUGAAGGACAACUUCAGACACUAAAAGCUCAAUUUUCCAAACUGACAAAUAGUUUUGAAAAGCUGAGAUUACACCAGAUGAAACAAAACAAAGUUCGACGAAAAGAAUUACCCAACCCCAAAGAAGAAAUCCCAUUUGAACUGAGCAAUUUGAAUGAGAAACUAGAGGAAUUUAGAGCAAAGUCAAGAGAAUGGGACAAGCAAGAAAUACUGUAUCAGACACAUCUGGUUUCUUUAGAUGCUCAGCAAAAAUUAUUAUCUGAGAAGUGUAAUCAAUUUCAGGUACAUUAUCUAACAAUAUUUCUAAAUAAGAAGAAAUUAAAGGUUGAAUAUUAUUGUGAAACCAGUGAAAGAGAUGAGUUCAUUAUUGAAAAAUUAAAAUCGGCUGUGAGUGAAAUAGCAUUAAGCAGAAAUAAGCUACAAGAUGAAAAUCAGAAGCUCUUACAAGAACUGAAAAUGUACCAAAGACAGUGCCAGUUGGAAUUCCAUAUUACUUGCCACCUUUUAAAUUUUUUCAUUAAGACCAAUUGCGCUCACUUAAAGAUACUUGAAUCAUCUUAUUCACCUUGUAUUAAAGAACCAGAAAGGAAAAGGAAAGAACUGUUUUCAGUGGCUCCAGAUCAACCAAAUCAUGGAAAGGAAUUGAACAAGAUAAGAAGCCAGCUCUAUCAGGAGGAAGAGUACCAGAGCUCUGAGCAGGAAAGAAUGAGGAAUGAAAUCUCUGACCUAACAGCAGAGCUUCAUCAGAAGGAGAUCACUAUAGCAACUAUCAUGAAGAAAGCUGCCCUUCUGGAAAAAGAGCUAAAAACGGAGUUAGAAAUAAAAGAAAAAAUGCUAGCAAAACAACAGGUCUCAGAUGUGAAAUAUAAAGCUGUCAGAACGGAAAACACACAUCUGAAAGGAAUGAUGGGAGAUUUGGACCCUGGACGGUACAUGAGUAUGGCCCUCACUAACAAGGAACAUUCAAGGUAUACAUCUAUUAACAAACUGGAGUAUGAGAAUGAAAGACUUCGAAAUGAUCUUGCAAAACUUCAUGCCAAUAGAAAAUCAGCAUGGACUAAUCAAAAUAUGUAUGAAGAAACAGUGAGGCACGCCUGUCAAAGCCAAAUGAAAAUGAAAGAAAAUGAAGAUAGACUAAGCCAAGAUUGUGAGACAAACAGAAGCACAACACCUCCAUUGCCACCUCUGACUUCUCUCUCUCCCCCAGAUAUGUCCAUUCCAGCGUCUUUGGCUGCACAGCAUUUCCUUCUGGAGGAAGAGAAGCGAGCAAAAGAACUUGAAAAGCUUCUGAAUACGCAUAUUGAUGAGCUGCAAAGACAUACAGAAUUUACUCUUAAUAAAUACACCAAGCUUAAGCAAAAUAGACACAUAUAGCUUUUAAACUUUUUUUAUUUGCUUCCCCCACCCCAAGAAAAAAAUGCUCUGGCAAAAUAUUUACAAGGCCGAUUAAUGAAACUGAGAAAUUUGGUUGUUUUCUUGAGUAAAUCAUUUCUGUAAGGCAGCUAGAAAACAGUAUUUUGUUCGAUGAAGCUGUUUGUAUUUCUGCAUUAACACACUGAAUUGUUCUGCUGUAGAGUUACUGUAAAAUAAACAUGACAACUCCAAAACAGGUUUUUUUCCCAGUCUAAGGAGUAUUUUGGAAUUAAAUAUGCCGUUUUUUUCCCUGAAUCAUGUGUACUAAAGACCCACUUCCUCUGUAACAGCACGAAGGAGGGAAAGGGACGUGCAAUAGUCCGAAUUAAAUGAAUCAAGUACAGCUCAGUUGUACUAGAUUUGAAAACUCAAGGAUUCUUAAAGAUGAAAAAUAUUAUUUAAGUAUUUUGGGCUAUGUAAACAUUCUAAAUUUCUUUUAGAAAAAAAGAUAAUAGCUUUAUUGUUUCUACUUCACCUUUGUAAUGUCUCUUUGUUUUUAACUCAAUAAAGGACAUAGAAUGUGCUAUCUACACACUUGAAAUAUAUGCGCCAAAGAUGAAUGCUUUGCCAUGAGUACUAAUAACUGCAUGGACACAGAGGCCUAUGGUGGGGGGGGGCACGAUGCGCAGGUAGCUGUGUGGGUGCCCUGGGCGCCGCUUGAGGUUAACAUUUAUCGCCCUAGGCACUAUUUUCCAUAGAUAGGCCCGGGCAAUGGACGUGAACAGGGUAAAGAAAAUAGAAAGCAUUAUUGUUGCUACCUUCUCCUUUGUAAUCACCUCUGU